AUUUUUCCUGUUUAUCUCCUUCGAUUUCGCCAGUUUUAACUGAAAAAACACUUCAAAACACAAACGUUUUUUUAAAAACGCACUUCCGCAAUUUAUCCUGCACAGAUUCUGCAUUAUCGCUACCCUGCAGUUUUGCUGAUCAGAAUGGAAAGCAAGCCCAACCUUCGUUUUGAGGCUGGAGAGCUGGUGCUGAGGCCGUCUAAAAAGGCAGCCCCUCUGGAGAAAAUCCACCUUUCAGAGGUGGCUAAAGGGGUGCCCUUUGUACCAAAGGACCCUGAGGCUGUGCUGGAGGAGGCCAAGGUCAGGGUUAUCCAGGGUGGAGGGUGUCCCUUUGAUGACCUGCUGCUGCAAAGUCAAAGUGCCAUCCAGUUUGGUCAAUACAGAGGGAAAACCUUCAAGUGGAUGCUGGAGAAUGACCUUGGUUACUCCCUCAUGGUCCUGUCUGGACAUCAGCGGGAGCGCGAGGCUGGCAGAUUGGACAGAGGUGCCCUCAUGGCUAAUAAAGAUGUUUUUCUCAAAUAUGCCUGCACAUUUGAGAAGGUUGCAGAAGCCAUCAAAGUGCGCAGGCAGAGAGAGGGAACAAUAUCUGGCUGUGAGGGUGACUGUCUGGUGGGCUUUGGGAUCUACAACAGGCACACCUUCAAGGAGCUCUAUGAGGCCAAGGACAGGGAGAGGAAAAGCUAUGUGGAUUUCAUAAAAGGCAGCAAAACCAGUGCAGGCAGCAAGAUGGAUGCCCUGAAGAAGUACAUCUUGCAGAGGGAACAGAAGAAAAGUAGGGCUAAAGGGAGAAAACCCUUUGCAUCCUCUGCAUCUUCUGCAUCCCAGCCUGUACCGCACACUUCACAUCUGGCUUCUCCUCCUCCCACCCAAAGCUCCCUUUCCCAGCCAGCUACAGUACACGAGCCAACAGAUGCAGAUCUUCUGGCUUCAGCCAUGGAGGUGGAGACACAGGUGCAUCAACCACCACCAACCUCAAUGCCGAUCCACUCACCUCGUUUGGAGCAAAGAGCCGCUCAAAGGCUGGUGUCAGCAGCUUCUGAGGGUGGAAGGGCAGUGCUGACAGACAACCUGCAGAUGUGGUGGUACCCUCCCCAGCCACGUCUGCUGUAUCAUCAGCCUCCAGCAUCGCCGGACGUGUUCUUCACCUGCCCGCUGUGUUUGUGGAUGCCCUACAGGAUGUGGUCCUACAAGCUGCUCUGCAGCUCACCAGACUGUAGACGGUCCGGUCAGCGACUGACUGCUUGUGGGCUCUACAAGACAGUGAGGCGGGUGCUGAAUUUACACGGCUGGUAUUUUCUGGCGACUGAAUACCUCGAGUGUCAGCGCUGCCAUAAAAAACUGGCCGCUUGGUCCUACGAAAUCCUGGACCAGCUGGAUCCGGCUCACCGCAGGAUGUUCCCAGCUAUCCUCACUUACCGGUUCUCUUGUGAUAUGCAUGUGGCAAAGUUGAUGAGGGAACGCACUCUCGGCAACAGCGCCACAAUGCUAUAUCACAAACUAUGUGAAGAGCAUAGUGAGGACUGGAUGGAGAGGACCCUGCAAUACCUGUCUGUGUGUGACCGGUUUCAGAGCACCAGCACACGGCCUAUCACACCUCCACCUCCAAUGCCACCUGUACCCACUGCCCAGUGGCUCCUCUCUGUCCACGCAGAGGAUGUCCGGUCCCCGGUGGCCAAAAAACUGGCAGGAGCUGGAGCUGGGACCGCAGCCUGGGUCACCAAUGUGGGCAACGAGCACGGACAGGUCCUCAUGUCUGUGCUCACCUCACAUGAGGGUCAGGGACUGCUGCCCAUGACCACGGGCCUGGUGAGAAGGUACCAGGCGGCUGGAGUCGCUCCCCCCACGCUCCUGUAUGUGGACAGAGACUGCUGCUCUUCAGUGGGAACAUCCAGAGCAGCUGCCAUGUUCAGCGGCUGGAGUGAUCUGGUGGUUCGUCUGGAUGUGUGGCACUUCAUGCGGCGCUUCGCUGCAGGUCUGCACACUGACAGCCACCCGCUCUACGGUCUGUUCAUGGCAAAGCUCUCUGCCUGCAUUUUCGUGUGGGAUGAGGGAGAUGUGGCCCUGCUGAGGGAGGCGAAAAGGAGGGAGCUGGAGCAAAAGCAGGGCAUCAGAGGCCUCACUGAGGAGCAGUUGACCGGCAGGCUCACCUCCAAACAGCUGGCGCAGCACUGUCGUCGCUGCACACGUGGCCUGGAGGAGACAGAGCAGCUGAUCGGCCUGAUGCUGGAGGCCUUCAGGGACGCCAGGGAAACCAUGGGCAUCCCCUUGGUGGACCAGGAGAGGAUGGACGUCAUCUGGGACACUCAAAGGCGCCAUCUUUCCUGCAUCCAGGACCCUCCUGGAGUGCAGCUGUAUACACAGACAGGAAGUGUUAAAAAGGGAGGGCUCACACUUCCUGUGUACCGCUGUGCUCGGGGGUCCACUUCCCUGGAGUCCUUCCACAACCACCUCAACCGCUUCAUACCCGGGACAAGCGCUAACCUGGAAAAUUUCCAGGCUUAUCUGCUUGAGGGUUUUGAGCGGUGGAACGAGGACCGGGCCGCUGCUGCUGUCACACAUGCUCCCUUGUCGCUGCGCUGUUACAGUGGCUCACUCCAGCACAGCCUCAAUGAGCUCAGCCAGCGUCUUCUUGGCUGUAGUCUUGUGCAAGACUACUCCAAGCCAGGAGAGUACACAGGUGAGCUCAUUGGGGUGGAGUAUCUGUGCUCGCAGCAGUCCUGGGAGUUCAGGGAGAACUUUGGGCGGGACCCAGAUGUCCCAGACGGAAUCCCAGCGGACUUGGGAGACAUAGAGGAUGAGGGAUUUGGGGAUGAGACAGAGGAGCAGGACCACACCGUCUCCCCUCUUUCUUUAGUCUCGACCAAGGAAGCUAUAUUGUUGUCUCGGGAUUCAGAGUCACCCUCUCAGUCCUCCCAGGACUUGCCACCAGAGCCCCAGGAAGAUGUGUGCAGAGGACCAGAUGGGACUCCUGGAUUCGACAGGGUGGUGGACCUGGCCAGAUACCUUGUUGAGCUGAGAGAAAAGCCUUGCGUCUCGGACAGGGAAGCCGCUGACAUUGUUCGGCUGUGGGACAGACUGCCGGACAGUGACAGACAGGGUGUUUCCUAUCCGCCGAGACAUAAGGACAGACUUUUACAAGGCAGGUUCAAGGCGACCCACUCCAAAACCUCCACCUGCCAUGGAAAAGAGAGCCUGAAGCGGUGUGUGCUGGGGCAGGGCUCGGGUCCUGCGCAGUGGCCUAAUAUAAGUCGGAUUGUAGAGGCAGUAUGUCUGGAGCUCUGCUCCAUUCAUCCAGCGGGGAAGGUGAAGUGGGGUGUUUCAAUGAACCGCUGGGCUGCCAUUCUACACGACUACCAGGCCAUUCGGAGACUGGUGGGGAACUGCCCAGCACUGAGGGGACGGACGAGGAUUCAGUUGUUUGAGGUCAAUCAGCGGACGCUUUCUGUCUGGUACAACAACUACAGGAAGAAGCUGGAGGCAGAUGUGCUGGCUCUGAGUGUUCCCUUGCCUCAGAUCAGCAUGGUGUCUCACACCCAGCUUCCUCUAGCCAGGCAGAUGACGUCAAUGCCCUCUGCACCUGGGUCGUCACUGAAAUCUUUCCCCUACGUCGCAAACCCUGAUCUGUCAGGUCAGGCCACACGACGUGGGCAGCGACCUCCUCCCCCUGCAUCAGCACCCGCGCUCUCUGCUCAAAGGCCAGCGUCUCACUCUGCUCCUCCCGCAGCAUCCCUCUCUGCUCCACCCGCAGCAUCCCUCUCUGCUCCUCCCGCAGCAUCCCUCUCUGCUCCACCCGCAGCAUCCCUCUCUGCUCCACCCGCAGCAUCCCUCUCUGCUCCUCCCGCAGCAUCCCUCUCUGCUCCACCGGCUGCUGCUGCCCUCUCUUCUCCAGGAGCAUCAAUGAGCAGAACAACUCUGUGGAGGAAGAGGAAAGCAGCAGAGGUUUUUGCUCAAGAGCAAGGGCUGCCCCGUCCCCAGCAACCUGCACGAAAACCAUAUGUGUGCACUCAAUGUGGGCAGCCCAGAAAAAAAGAGUUUGGGCACACCAGGGUGGGCAAUUUUUACUUCUGUGCCACAGCAGAGGGAAAGACAUUAGGACAGUGGCUGCAAGAAAAAAAGAAUGAGGGAAAUCCAUCUUUGUAAAUAGU